UUUGGUUCAGGCUUGAACCCCGUUCCGUGGCCAGAAAUUACCGUAAAAAGUGUGGAAUUUUUAACCUGGGCAUUUCUGUGCGAGUUAAUAGCCAACUUAAGUCAAUUCCCAACUCGCGCCGUUGUUCGUGUUGAACAAGGAAGCAGGGAAAGUGUCACAGACUUGAAGAACCGCAGUGAACCGGAGCGCGAAGGGAUCCUGUAAAAGAAGAGCCAACGCACCCCGGAGCUACGAUGGCCAACGCGGAGGCCAUUCAGGUGAGCUCACUGCCGUUGCCACCAGCGCAGUACAUCAACCUGUACACGGACGACAACAUCCGCAAGAACCGUGCCCCGAAACCGCCGGCCCCGAUCCAGGAUGCGUACACCAUGUUCGGCAGCCCGUUCAACAACGACGACAACAUCAUCCGGCCGCUGGAGAUCCAGGGAUUCAAGCGGCUCUACCCGCAACACUUUGACCGCCGGAAGGAGCUGAAGAAGCUGAACCACUCGCUGCUGGUGAACUUUCUCGAUCUGAUUGACCUGCUCGUCCACUACCCCGACAGCCCACGGCGAGCCGAGAAGAUCGACGAUCUCAACCUACUGUUCGUGCACAUACACCACCUGCUGAACGAGUUCCGGCCGCACCAAGCACGCGAAACGCUGCGGGUCAUGAUGGAACUGCAGAAGCGGCAGCGGUUAGAGACGGCCCAGCGCUUCCAGAAUCACCUCGAGAAGGUGCGCGAGAUGGUGAAGAACGCGUUCGCCUCGCUCCCGGAUCUGACCGAUGCGGACCGUCUGGGCGGUGGGCUGGAACCGAUGGACGUGGGCGAGGCCGGCGAUUUGGCGGGUGGUCGCGGCGAAGGUUGCCAUCCGCUGGAUCGGUUAAUGUGCGAGAUCGUCGAUCGGAUGUGAACACGACACCGUCGAAGCCAACAUUAUUUCAUUUCUAACCUGUUUUUGUAAUAUCAUAAUCCUUUGGAGUAUCCACGAAAAAUAUAGUAAAUUAUUAA